UCCCUUUCACUGUGUCCUUAUAUGGUUUUUGUUGUUGUUGCGAUUUGGUGAUGCGGUAAAACUGCCAGCUCUCUUUCUGUAUAUCUGUCACAUUUGACUGUGACAUGUAGCGGUAAUCUCCUGCUGUGGUCCAGCAGCGUCCUCCCUCCCUCAUGCUCUUGCUCAAGGGCAAAUCGAGGUGCGCCUCUCCCGCCGCUGCGCAGCUGCUGAAGACAGCGCAGCAUCCUCUCCACGCUCGGCGGCUCGGGACCUUUCCUCUGUGGGAUGAAUACAGAAGAGCCACUCGGAUGGAAGGGAAGGGGACAACUUUCUCGUCGCACCUGUGAUAGGUUUCAAAAUGCCCAACACAAGUUUUGGCCCAUCAUGAAGAAUAAACCUUGAGAAGAAGACAUGGAUUUUGCGCAGAGAGUUUGGCUGUUCCUUCUUCUAAACCCCGAAGAACUUAACUCUGGAAAUCAUGCUGUAAAUCUCAGAGUUUCAUAUCUGUAAGUAAAUUCUAGUACAGGAGAAUCAGGAUGAAAAGAUGGCAACCAUACUGUUACCAACGGGUCCUGAUGGCUUGCGGCGGUUCACUCGCGAAUCCUUGGUUGCGCUGGAGCAGCGGAUUGCGGUGGAGCAGGCCAAAAAUGCCAAGGAUUGCCACGAGGCUUACAGGAACACAGAGCCACCCAAACCCAGGAUCGACCUGGAGGCAGGCAAGCAGCUGCCGCGCAUCUUCGGUGACAUCCCUACAGAACUUAUCGGUGUGCCACUGGAAGACAUUGAUCCGUUUUACUACAAGAACCAGAGGACUUUUAUAGUACUUAACAAAGGGAAGGCCAUCUUCAGAUUCAGUGCCACAUCUGCAAUUUACAUAUUUAGUCCAUUUCACUUCAUCAGAUCAAUCGCCAUAAAAGUUUUAGUCCAUUCAUUGUUCAGCUUGUUCAUAAUGUUCACUAUACUGACCAACUGUUUCUUCAUGGCAAUGUCUGAUCCGGGACCAUGGACUAAGUACCUGGAGUAUACUUUCACUGGCAUUUACACUUUUGAGUCCAUGAUAAAGAUAUUAGCGAGAGGAUUCUGUAUAAUGCCGUUCACCUUCUUGAGAGAUCCAUGGAACUGGCUGGACUUCACCGUCAUUCUCAUGGCAUACGUGACAGAAUUUGUCGACCUCGGAAACGUCUCAGCAUUAAGAACUUUCAGAGUACUACGAGCACUGAAAACCAUCUCAGUUAUCCCAGGUCUGAAGACCAUCGUCGGCGCUUUGAUCCAGUCUGUGAGGAAGCUGGCGGACGUGAUGAUCCUGACCGUCUUCUGUCUCAGCGUGUUCGCCCUCAUUGGCCUGCAGCUCUUCAUGGGCCUGCUGCGGCAAAAGUGCAUCCGCAGCCUCGGGCACUGCAUCAACUCCUCCUACAGCCCCAACGCAUCCUUCAUCUGCAAUAACAGAACCUGGAGCUCCAGGGCGGACUUCCUCGGCAACGAAGAUAAUUUUUACAAAGUUGAAGGAGCAAAGGAUGCCUUAAUAUGUGGAUAUGGAAGUGAUGCUGGGAAAUGUCCAGAUGGAUUUGACUGCCUAAAAGUAGGGAGGAAUCCAAACUAUGGCUACACCAGUUUUGAUACCUUCGGCUGGGCUUUUUUGGCUCUCUUCCGUCUCAUGACACAAGACUACUGGGAAAAACUCUUUCACCAGACGCUGCGCUCAGCAGGGAAGACCUACAUGGUUUUCUUUGUGCUGGUAAUCUUCCUGGGCUCCUUCUACCUGGUCAACCUCAUCCUGGCUGUAGUGGCCAUGGCCUAUGAGGAGCAGAAUCAGGCAACCAUCGCUGAGGCCUGGCAAAAGGAGAGAGAGUUUCAGCUGGCUAUGGAGCACCUUCGCAGAGAGCAAAGAUUGGCAGCAAAAAGACAACAAGCACAGGAUACAGACUCAGUGUUGUCCCCAGAGUUGUCUCCAUUCUGUCUGAAGACAGGCGGCAUAUGUCGAAACAACAGCAGAAGAAGAAGAUCUCACAGGACAUUGUCAGAGGAAACAGCAGAGGAAGCUGCUGAAGAGAAGUUUGACCCAGUGGAUGAGGAAAUGCCAUCUCUGUCUCCCCUUCCGGUCCACCCUCUGCUGGCCACGCUGUCCUCUCACCCCCUUAGCACUAGGAGAGGAAGCCAAGUGAGCAUCUUCAGCUCUUUCCGGCCGCGCAACAACUCGGAGGCUGACUUUGGGGACGACGAGUACAGCAUUCAUGGGGACGCCUUCAGGAGUCGCGCCAGUUCAACAGCAACGCCCUGGAAGACAAGGGCAGGCAGUGUGCGGAGCCAUUGCUCCCAAGUCUUCACCCCCAGCCUUAACAUCAAUGGCAGGCUCAACAUCUCCAUAGAUCAGAACGGAGUCACCACACUGGGCCUACAUUCUCCCAGCUCCAUGCCUGCUCACAGCAUGGAAAGGGUCAGGGAAGACACAACCACCAGUGCAGAGGACACAGUUCCCAGACUUCUCCUCCAGCCUUCCCCGAUAGUGGCUGAGCCUCCUCCAGUGCAAAGGAAAAGAGGGCUGAGCUCUAUCAGCUUCCUCAGCGAUGCCAUGGGUGAGCUCGAGGUGUCGAGACAAAAGUGUCAUCCCUGCUGGUACACAUUUGCCAAGAAGUACCUGAUAUGGGACUCCUGCCCUUGGUGGCUGAAGAUUAAGGAGUGGGUGAAGUUCAUGGUGAUGGAUCCUUUCCUGGAUCUGGGUAUCACAAUAUGCAUUGUGCUCAACACCCUCUUCAUGGCCCUGGAGCACUACCCCAUGACUGAUGAGUUCAACACGAUGCUUUCAGUGGGCAAUCUGGUUUUCACAGGGAUCUUUACAGCUGAGAUGGUCCUGAAGCUGAUUGCCAUGGAUCCCUACUACUACUUCCAACAGGGCUGGAAUAUCUUUGACGGCAUCAUUGUUUGCCUCAGUCUGAUGGAGUUAGGUCUUUCAAAUGUAGAGGGGCUGUCUGUCCUGAGAUCUUUUAGACUGUUACGAGUCUUCAAGCUGGCAAAAUCCUGGCCCACUCUCAACACUCUCAUCAAGAUCAUCGGAAACUCCGUAGGCGCCCUGGGAAACCUGACGCUGGUGUUGGCCAUCAUCGUCUUCAUCUUCGCUGUGGUGGGCAUGCAACUGUUUGGCAAGAACUACCAGGACUGUGUGUGUAAGAUCUCCAUCGACUGCCAGCUGCCUCGCUGGCACAUGAAGGACUUCUUCCACUCCUUCCUGAUCGUGUUCCGGGUGUUGUGCGGCGAAUGGAUCGAGACCAUGUGGGAUUGUAUGGAAGUGGCCGGGCAGCCCCUCUGUAUCCUGGUGUUCAUGUUGGUCAUGGUCAUAGGGAACUUGGUGGUGUUGAAUCUUUUUCUGGCCCUGCUGCUCAGCUCCUUCAGCUCCGACAACCUCUCUGCUCCAGACGAAGACGGCGAUUUGAACAACAUCCAGAUCGCCAUCGGCCGUAUCCAGUCCGGUGUCUCCUGGCUUUCCACGUGCAUCGCCGACCUCUUCAACCGCAGCUUGAAGCGUCAAAAUCAGAAGGCUAAAGAAGCCGGUCAGGCAAUCAAGCUGGUUGGAAAUCAUGUGGAAAGCAAUGGUGGAAUUUGUGGACGCUAUGGAGAAAAGUACAUCACACCAGAGGAGGACAGCUACAUGACAAACCCAAACUUGACUGUCAUUGUUCCCAUCGCACCUGGAGAGUCAGAUGUGGAGUUUCUCGAGGAGGAGGAGAUUUCUGAGUCAUCAGAGGAUGAAGACAACAAACCGGAGAGGAUUAGCCUAUCAGAGGGCAGCACAGUGGAUUUGAGGAAGCCUGGAGAAGAAAUGGAUGACUUGUCAGAGCUGGCUGAAGAGAGCAUGGAGCCGGAGGAAUGCUUCCCAGAAUUGUGCAUGAGGCACUGUCAGUGCUGUGAAAUCGAUACCAGCCGCGGUCUGGGCCAGGCCUGGUGGAGGCUGAGGAAGACCUGCUACCAGAUUGUGGAACACAGCUGGUUUGAGACUUUCAUUAUCUUCAUGAUCCUGCUCAGCAGUGGGGCUCUGGCAUUUGAAGAUAUCUACAUUGAGAAGAGAAAAGUCGUAAAGGUGGUGUUGGAGUAUGCCGACAAGGUCUUCUCCUACAUCUUUGUGCUAGAGAUGUUCCUCAAGUGGAUUGCAUACGGCUUCAAGAAAUAUUUCACCAACUACUGGUGCUGGCUCGACUUUCUUAUCGUGGAUGUUUCAUUAAUAAGCCUGGUAGCAAAUUCACUGGGAUAUUCAGACUUUGCUGCAAUCAAGUCCCUGAGGACUCUGCGUGCUUUGAGACCUCUCAGAGCUCUGUCCAGAUUUGAGGGCAUGCGGGUGGUUGUGAACGCUCUUAUAGGAGCCAUCCCUUCCAUUAUGAACGUGCUGCUGGUGUGUCUCAUCUUCUGGCUCAUCUUCAGCAUCAUGGGGGUCAACCUGUUCGCUGGCAAGUUCGGGAAGUGUGUGAACAGAACAGGCUUCAUCCACAGUGUCUCUGUAGUCAACAACAAGUCAGAGUGCCUCUCUAUGAAUGACACCCAGUUCUACUGGACAAAAGUGAAGGUCAACUUCGACAAUGUGGGACUUGGCUACCUUUCCCUUCUGCAAGUGGCUACAUUUAAAGGAUGGAUGGAAAUAAUGCAUGCAGCUGUUGAUUCAAGAGGAGUGGAGGAACAACCCAUCAGAGAAAUCAACCUCUACAUGUAUCUAUACUUUGUCAUCUUCAUUAUAUUCGGCUCCUUCUUCACCCUCAAUCUCUUCAUCGGUGUCAUUAUUGACAAUUUCAAUCAGCAGAAAAGGAAGUUAGGAGGGCAGGAUAUCUUCAUGACAGAAGAACAGAAGAAGUACUAUAAUGCUAUGAAGAAGUUAGGAUCUAAAAAGCCUCAAAAGCCAAUACCAAGGCCUGCGAAUAUUCUCCAAGCCUUCUUUUUCGAUCUCGUGUCCAAGCAAGCCUUUGACAUCAUGAUCAUGAUGCUCAUCAUCGUCAACAUGGUGACCAUGAUGGUGGAAACCGAUGAGCAGUCAGAGCGCAAGGAGUCCAUCCUCAACAAGAUCAACCUGGUCUUCAUCGUGAUCUUCACCACUGAAUGCCUGAUCAAGAUCUUUGCCCUCCGUUGUUAUUUCUUCACAGUUGCAUGGAACAUCUUUGAUUUUGUGGUGAUAAUUCUCUCUAUUGUGGGGAUUGUUCUUGCAGACAUCAUCGAGAAGUACUUUGUAUCUCCGACCCUGUUUCGAGUCAUCAGACUGGCAAGGAUAGGACGCGUACUUCGACUUAUACGUGCAGCCAAAGGAAUAAGGACUCUAUUGUUUGCCUUAAUGAUGUCCAUGCCAGCACUGUUCAACAUUGGCCUCCUGCUUUUCCUCGUCAUGUUCAUCUAUGCUAUCUUCGGUAUGGCAAACUUUGCCUACGUGAAAAAACAAGAUGGGCUUGACGACAUGUUUAACUUUGAAACAUUUGGGAAUAGUAUGAUCUGCCUUUUUCAGAUCAGUACCUCGGCAGGUUGGGACAACCUCCUGAGUCCUAUAAUGGCCAGCUCCCCAGAGGAGUGCGACCUUCACUUUGUUAAUACUGGCACUAAUACCCGGGGAAACUGUGGCAGCCCCUCAAUGGGCAUAGCUUUCUUUGUCAGUUACAUAAUCAUUUCUUUCCUCAUUGUGGUAAAUAUGUAUAUAGCUAUCAUUCUGGAGAACUUCAGCGUUGCCACAGAGGAGAGUACAGAGCCACUCAGUGAGGAUGACUUUGAAAUGUUUUAUGAGGUCUGGGAGAAGUUUGAUUCUGAGGCGACACAGUUCAUUGAGUUUUCCAUGCUGUCAAUCUUCGCUGACAAUUUGUCAGAGCCGCUGCGCAUAGCCAAGCCCAACAGGAUCAAGCUGAUCUCCAUGGACCUUCCCAUGGUAAGCGGGGAUAGGAUCCACUGUCUGGACAUCCUAUUUGCCUUCACAAAGCGGGUCCUGGGGGAGUCGGGUGAGAUGGAUGCCCUCAAACAGCAAAUGGAAGAGAAGUUCAUGAUGACCAACCCCUCCAAGAUUUCCCACGAGCCCAUCACUUCCACACUGCGCCGCAAACUGGAAGAGGUGUCCGCGAUCAUCAUCCAGAGGUGUUACAGGAGGCAUCUGGUGCGCCGGCAGAUGAAACAGGCAUCCUACCUCUACAGACAAAUAAACUACGAGACUGUAGUGGAUGUUGAGAAUGCUCCAGAAACUGAGGGGCUGAUAGCCUCCAUGAUGCAGCACUAUGGACUUGUCGCGGUGGAGAUUGCCCAGACAACAGAGGACACUCUACUGUCCUCACCACCAUCUUAUGACAGCGUGACGAGGGCAGCCAGUGACCUCUCUGAUGUUGUCGGAUCAAUAUCCAGAGACUCUGAAUUCGGAGAGCCUGGUGAAAACUAUGAGGAAACUUUCCUUUGAGACUCAGUUGUGUGGGUUAGGGUUAGUGGGGUUUUGUCUGUUUUGUUUACAGCAGAGAAUAUAGCUCAAAAUAACUCAUGGUCAAAGAGAUAAAACUUUAUAUGAAUUAGUAGAUGCCGAGGAAAUAUGCAAUAUUUUAAGUAACUCAGCUGUUUAAAUUGAACAAUCAAAGUUAAUGUUGCAGUCCUGACCUCCAUGAGAGGAAGUUAAACUUGUAAUCGCUCACACCAUCUUAAAAAUAUACAUUUGGCAGAUUGAAAAAAAUUAAACAGAUCUAUAUUAAACAUGAAUGUCAUGCACCUACAUUCACUCAAAACACCACAUGAUCUGCAGAUUUUUUUCAAAUAUCAGUAAACACCAGUAGCAAACCAUGACUCUUAACCCUUGGCCCUCUGACCCCCCUUCCCUUGUUGGCAAAAAAAGCAAACUACCAGCCUAGCUUAUUGUGUCCUCUCUUAUAGUACUGCAAACAUUAUGUAUGACAAUUCCAGCUCUGAAACAAAAAUGAAGACGCUAGUCCAGCCUUAACAAAGCAACGAGCAAACAGUGCGGAGAGAAAGAGUAUUAUCACCGAAACAAAAAACAGCUGAUUUCUAAAGCAAAGAGCAAAUCCUCCUUACAAAUAACUUCUCUGGCCUAGAGAGCCCUGACGGUUCCCCACUGGUAAACACUGAACCUUAAAGGUGUUGUAGGUAGGAUUGGGAAGAUCCAGGACUUAGCCAAAAAAUUUGAACAUCAACAACU